GCCCUUCGUUCGGCUCCGUUCGGGUCCGUUCGGCUCGGUUCGGCUCGGUUCGGCUGUCCGGGGACCAUGAUCCGGAACGGAGGCGGCGUUGCCGGGACAACGGGCCGCCAGCGCCCUGUGCGGGUCUGGUGCGACGGAUGCUACGACAUGGUCCACUACGGGCACUCCAACCAGCUGCGCCAGGCGCGGGCCAUGGGCGACUACCUCAUCGUCGGCGUCCACACGGAUGAGGAGAUCUCCAAGCACAAGGGCCCGCCGGUCUUCACCCAGGAGGAGCGCUACAAGAUGGUCCGGGCCAUCAAGUGGGUGGACGAGAUUGUGGCCGGGGCCCCCUACGUCACCACCCUGGACACCCUGGACAAGUACGACUGCGACUUCUGCGUCCACGGAGACGACAUCACCCUGACCGUGGACGGGCGGGACACUUAUGAGGAAGUGAAGCAGGCCAGGAGAUACAGGGAAUGCAAACGCACCCAGGGCGUGUCCACCACCGACCUGGUGGGCCGGAUGCUUUUGAUGACCAAGGCUCAUCACAGCAACCUGGAGGUCCAGUCGGAAUACCAGGAGUACACGGACAACUUCGGCAAGUGCCCGGGGGGCCGCAGCCCCUGGACGGGCGUGUCCCAGUUCCUGCAGACGUCCCAGAAGAUCAUCCAGUUCGCCUCGGGGAAGGAGCCCAAGUCGGGGGACACCAUCAUCUACGUGGCCGGAGCCUUCGACCUGUUCCACAUCGGCCACGUGGACUUCCUGGAGAAGGUGUACGGGCUGGCCGAGCGGCCCUACGUCAUCGCCGGCCUCCACUUCGACCAGGAGGUGAACCACUACAAGGGCAAGAAUUACCCCAUCAUGAACGUGCACGAGAGAACGCUGAGCGUGCUGGCCUGCAGGUACGUGUCGGAGGUGGUGAUCGGAGCCCCCUACGCCGUCACGGCCGACCUCUUGGAUCAUUUCAAGGUGGACCUGGUGUGUCACGGCGAGACGGAAGUGGCCCCAGAUCGGGACGGCUCGGACCCUUACCAGGAGCCGAAGAACCGGGGCAUCUUCCGGCAGAUCAGCAGCGGCAACGACCUCACCACCGACCUCAUCGUGCAGAGGAUCAUAAAGAACCGCCCGCCCGAUUGCAGGCUGGAGUUCGAGGCGAGGAACCAGAAGAAGGAAGCCAAGGAGCUGGCCGUGCUGGAGGCCAUGAGGAAACGGGAGGAGCUGAGCUCGCGGGACUAGCCGCCCCCUCCGCCCCUCUUGCCGCACAUGACGGAGAAACCCGGGGAGCCCCCCGGCCCCUCCCCAGCCCCCCGCUCCCACCCCUGGAUUUUACACCCAGCCUGGGCCGUCGCCCCCACUGCCCAGAUUUUAGACUCCGUGGGCGGGCCGUCGCCCCCUCGACCCGUCCCGCCGCCCGGCUUUUUAGACGACUCCGAGGCGCCCCGUCCCCACGUCCAGAUCCGAGAGUCCGUGGGGGUCCGUCACCCCCAUAACGGCGGUCACCCUGUGCGGGCUGGACGGGAGGGGAGAUCCGGCCCCCCGGCCCGGCCCGGUCAACUCUCGGAGCCCAAAACUGAUGCUAUUUGUGUGUCUCCCCCUAUUUAUGCGGAAGGAGCGACCCCCGCCCGCCUCUUGGACACCGAUUUUAACGCGUGGAGGAAAACCGGCCAGACGGCACCCGCGGGGCGAAGGCCCGGGGACCGCGUGGAGGGGCGAGGUGUCGCCCUGCACCCCCUGAGGUCCGGCCCGGGCACCCGAGCCCACCCAAGCUUCCCAAACUCGGCGGCCCCACGCCCCCAUCCCUGUACAGGCUUUCUAUUCCGGUUUUGUAUCGAGCUCGGGCCGCUGUACGUUUCUCCGGCUGCGGGAUUGAAUAAACCGCCACGAAGAA